UACAACUCCAACGGCCAAAUUGUGAACUUAUAAUUUGCCAAUUUGGUUGGCUAAAAAAGCUUCAAACACAAUUAAAUCCAUAAAACCUUUUCAAAAACACACAGUUUCAAAACUUUAAGGCCUUGAAUGACUCUUAUGCCCCAAUUUCAACUAAAUUUCAAAAAUACAGCAAAAAUCAGUGGCGCCCUCGCAACUUGAGCGGCUAACUUGUGAACUACCCAAUUUGUCAUUUUCGUAUUUUUUCGCUAAAAAAACCCUCCAGGACGUUAAUAAAUGCACAAAAGCCUUUUGAAAAUGUGAGCGCUUUGUUUCACCCGUGUGCCCCGAUUUUUGAGGUUAUGUCACAAUGGCUUUCGCCCCAAGCCUCCUCGAUUUGCCCAAUUGUCUUAUUUUGCAACUUUUGCAAUACUUGGAUGCUACAACUUUGUAUUUAUUGGGAAGGACUUGCACCCGUUUGGAUGAAAUAAUUCGCAAUUCGAAGAUCCUAUGGAGGGUAAUUGACGCCCGGCGUGCCCCCAACGACAACGCGAAAGUUGAGUAUUGCACGGAGAGAUGCAACAGCGAGACUCACACUUUUUUGAUAAGGGGUGAAAAUCAGUGUGAAACUCUAGUCCCUGAACUGUUUUAUGCUAAACUGAAUCAGUCUGUAAAAAUGAGAAAUAUCGUUAUUUUAGCCCUGGAGAACCAAACUAUUCACGAGAAUCAAUACUCAGUUAUGCUUUUUCCCCCCCAAUUGGAGGAGUUCAGUUUGAGGGGUUCAGUGGUGGCAAACUCCUUGGAAUUUUUCAAAUCUUCAAGUGACCAUUUUAAAAAGUUGCGAGUCUUAAUACUCGACGAGUGCACUUGGGUCACAAGCAUUGUUUUAAUGUCAAUUUCAAAGUAUCCCUCAUUGGAAAUUUUGUCACUCUACAAGUGCAAAAAUGUCGACAAUUCCAUCCCUUAUUUGAGUCUCUCAGGACACGGUUUCAAGCAAUUGAGAAUUUUUGAUGCCCGAUUGUCACCAUUGGGUAACACUUUAAUUCGUUCAAUUUACAAAUCCCCUUGUUUACUCGCCAUUUAUCUACAAAACGACGACAUUUCCUACACUCUAGACCACUACAAAAGAGAAUUGGCGAUACAAAAGGGGGCCCCGACUCGAACUUUCGCUCCCAAAAUCGAUUUAAACGAGUAUUUAACCGCAGAAAAUAGCUUUAAUUACGAACAAUCGACAACACUGGAUGACAGGGGGCUCUUGGACUACUUAACAACAAUCAGUGGACAAACCUCAAUGCAACUCCCUGAAAGUGUCCUCUAUUUAGACCCCUACAGUCCUUGUAAUUGCCACAAUGAUGAAAAGAAAAACAAUAAUCGAAAACCCUCCAAUGACUCAUCGGAUGACGACGAUCAAGACGGCGAUGAACCCGAUCUUCGGGAACUUUCGUUUAAAAUCGUGCACUUGGCACGCUUGAUUCGUCGAAAUCGAAAUAAUAUCUCAUAUGGUCAGAGAUUGAAUCAGGACCCACCGUGGCCCAUUAUUGGCCCCUAUAUUGAUGACGUGUUAAGACAACGAUAUCUAGUAUUGGGGUACCCUAAUAGUGACGCCAGGGAGGACCUACAACCCAUCAUCGACAUUCGUUUGAACCCCCGGCAGGUGAAUGUGAGACAGUGUCGGCCUCAGGAGGUGCCCCGCGAAGUGCGCAAACGCUUCUCAGAGAAUUCCGACGGGCCUGAGCAAAAGAAACAAAAGGGUGAUGAGGCUUCACCGGGGCCCAGUGGACUCCAACCAAUUCCAGAGGAAGUUAAUGAUGAUAGGGCCCCCACACCACCGAGAGAACCCUAUUAUCGCAGGGUUUAUUUCCGGGGCUGUCCUGUCAUACAAAUUGAGAAUCUUGAUGAAGUCAAGAAGGAUUUUUCAGUACCGUUGAAACGACUGUCUUUGAGGGGGUACAAAAAGAUAACCAACACUGCCCUUCACUAUAUCAAGGAUUUGGAACUGGAAUUGUUAGAUGUGACGUAUACUAAUGUAACAAAGGAUGCAAUUGAGAGUUAUUUAGUGGAUCAUCCUUCGUGUCGGGUGCUCCAUGAACGGUUUUGUACGUGCCCCCCGAAUUUGCAUUUUUAGUAUUUAUUUUAUGUAAUAAAGGUAUGGUAUUAUUUGUAAUAAAUUUAUUACCACAGUC